AUGCCUAGACAAAGAAGAUCCGCUCCAGCCAGACCAUCCCAGUCCAGAUCUGCCCACACCGCUGCUGCGCCAGCUGCUCCAGCUCACUCGCCAACCUCCAUUUCCCAGCCUCAGCGUAACCAGUCUCAGAGCCCAGGUCUCUUUGGCCAAAUGGCUUCCACCGCCGCUGGUGUCGCUGUUGGCUCGACCGUCGGUCACACUUUGGGUGCUGGAAUCACCUCCAUGUUCGGUGGCUCUUCUGCCCCAGCUGAGGCUCCUCAGCAGGACUUGGCUGCUCAGCAGCAGUACAACAACCAGGAGCAGGGUAGAACCUGUGAUGCUGACGCCAGAACCUUCACCAGAUGUUUGGAGGAGAACAACGGCAACAUGCAAGUGUGUGACUUCUACUUGCAGCAGUUGAGAGCUUGCCAGGAGGCCUCUCGUCGUUACUAA